AUGGAGAAUAUUGUACUGCACCAUGCAAAAACAGACAGAUAUAAAGACCCACUGAUUUCAAAUGGUUUUGUUUUAAGCAAUGGAAUUGUAUAUAAUGAAGAAACAUCUGUAGAGAUGACAGGAAGAAUUGAAGAAGGGAUUACUCCAGUUGCAUUUUAUACUGAAGAGAAAGGAGCGGUCUUUAAAGUAGCUGCAAAAUCUGGGCAUAUAUUUUGGGCAGAAAAAAAGAACGGAUAUAAAUGGGAGUGCGUUGGGGAUAUGGACGUGCAUAUUCUAAAUACAUUUUUUAACCAAACCAGCGGGAGUGUCAUUAUACUUACAGAAAAUGAAAUAGUUCUACUUGACAGGCACUUUAACAUGGUCAGAACGGAAGAGUACAGCGAUGAGCUAAAAAAACUUGUACAGGAAAGCCCGUUGAAGGAAACCGUGCAUGCAGAAUGGUCAUCUGACGGAAAGUAUAUAUUGGUGAUGGCUGCCUCGAUAUUAAGUAUAUACGCGUAUAAUCUAGAGCCAAUUGCAGACACAAUUACUGUUUGUAAUAGAAUUAUGAACAGCCGGCUUAUGCAGACAAAGAAAUACCUGCUCAAUGAAAGUGCGUAUGUAGACAGUAUGAAAAGAGUUUCUGUUUCUAAUGAUCAGAACAUAGAGGUGCAGGACAUUUUGGAAAAGAAUAGUGUUGUGUUUGAGAAAAGAUCAUCAUAUAAGCUAGCCACCUGGCACAACAGAUUUUCACUCAUAUAUGCAGUGACAGAUAACAACUCAAUACAUAUUUUAGAAAGGAAUGGGCUUAAAUACAAGGAGCUAUUCCAUCUUAGAGAGUGCGAUCGAAAAGAGGAGAACAUAGAAGGCAAUGACAUUGUGUGUAUAAGAACAAAAGAUGAUUAUAUGUACAUUGUCAACAGAGAAGGCUGUGAGUUAUACUUAAAAGUAUACUAUAUUAAAAACAACUGUCUCUACCUAAAGGCCAACCAGAAUAUAGCUAGUGUAUGCACAACAGACAGGAAUACUUCUGUGCUGCCCGGUGCAAUAAAAGACAUGAUAAUCAUGCCUAGCCACCAAAUAAAGCUAGUCCUAACAGAGCAUAUUGUAACAAUAAAACAGAGCACGUGUGUUAAUAGAACCGGCCGUGACGUGAUAGACAUUGAUGGUGCUAGGCUGAUUAUGUACAAUUUAUAUAAGUGUCCAAUUCCUCCGCCUAUGUAUAGUAGGGAGAUAAAGCUUGAAGGAGUGCCAAACAACUUACACGCACUAUACAAUGGAAAAAUAACCUAUCAAGUAAAUGGAAAAAUAUACAGCAGAGUGGCUGGAGAAGGAGAAGCAAAUACAGCAACCGAAAUAGAAAAUCAAGCUACACUGGCAGAUAGAACAGAAAAGAAAAUCCCAAUGGAAGAAAGAGUUAAAGAACUAAGCAUACAAUGCUCAGCUAAGAAAUCUGAAUACACUACAGAAAUACCAAGUAUUGUGGAUGGGCAUGAAAUUGACUUAUGUGGCUAUAAAGCGGUGCUUACUCUUAAUAGCGAGCGCCAAUCUCUUCAUAUUCAAUGCGAUAGCUCUAUAUCGCAGAUUAUAGAAAAUGUUUCAUCAAUCCUACCUGUUAUCACAGACCAGCAAUACAUACUCAUAUCUGUAAAGGCCCAGGCCUGGACAGAAAUAUACAAAAUAUCUCUGGGGCUAUCUAGAAGCAAUGCGCUAGAACUAGUGCAAACAAGAAUAGCUCGAACAGGAAAAGACAGCAGAAUAGUUUUUGCUUCUGAAAUAUCUAUUAUAAUGGUAGAUGUAUAUGGAAUGUUAGAAACAUUCUAUCUAGGCUUUAUGCUAGAGAAUAAGAUAGAUAAGCUGGUUUUAUCUGAAGAACUACCCAACGCAGUUGGUCUUGCCAAGAAACAUGGUUUGUCAAUAUCCAAGUACUUGAAUGCUAUUUCUGCAAGUAUUCUUUCAAACCGCAUAGAAACACAGACUCUUUUUGAGAUAGUUAAAUUGCUAUUCAAUGAGGAUAGAGAGAGAGCCAGGCCUAUAUUAGACCAAAUAGAAAAAUAUUCCAUUACGCAGAUAGAUUGUAUUCUUUGUUUAAAUGCACAUAGUAAUGAGACUGGCCAGCCAAAUUAUGUAAAUGAUACUAAGACAAUCAAUACUAUUUACUCAUGGUGUAAUAUUGCAGUGGAGAUAUAUUUAUUCUUCUGCAGGCCAGAACUUAUUGUCAUUCUGGCAGAGAAGUUUACCUACAAAGAAACCAUCUCGCCCAAAUCGUUCUUUAGCAUAGACCAGUAUGCAAUUCCAGAGCGAAUUAUAAAGAAGUGCAUUGGAGUUAUUUCGCCGAGUGUUUUGCUUCAAUCUGCUUUGAAUGUGUAUGCAUACACUCUAUGCUACAUUAUAAUGCACGCCACCGAUACACCACACGAUGAAACUAAUGAUAUUCUACUAGUUGGCCAGUCAGGCAGGAUAAACCCAUUCUGUAUUAGCGAAGAGAUUGAAAGAAGGCUUAAAAUAGCAAAAGUGGCAAAGGAUAAGAAGAAGCAGACUCUCUAUAUGGUAAAACAAUAUAUUUUAAGAAAAGAGAAUGCAAAUAAGGAGUGUGUAUUUUCUAUUACCGAUCUUAAGCUAAGCAUUGAAAAGGAGUGCAUACGUGAUUUUUAUCUAUAUCUUUUAGACAUUAAUGAACUAUGCAGAGGAGAGUGCACAGAAGAAGAAAUGUGUUCUGAAGUAUUUAUUAACACAAUCCAGUCACUUCUUCUUAUAUCUGGCGAUUCUUUAGAGAGAGAGGGCGAUCACAAAGAAGCACUAAAUUGUUAUUUACGCGCUGGAAAUGCAGCAAAAGACAAAGUGUGUAGCUUAAGAAUGAAGCUAGGCCUGUGGAGAGAGUUCUUCUCAGACAAAAGCAAUCAGACUCCAAGUAACAUGCAGAGAAUGGAAGAUAUUCUUCUGUCACAGAAAAACAUUCUUUCAGCGGCAGAGCUAAAUUUAGAAUUGGGAUCAGUUCCUAAAGGACUUAAAUACCUUGUAGGAAUUGAAGAGUAUAAAAGAGUCAAUGAAUACAUUUCAGAUGAUUCUUAUGUCCAAACAGCAGAUGUUCUAGAGAAUAUAUUACAGAAAGUAAGAGCGUACUCUGAAAGUAUACAGAAUACACUAGAACAGUACACUCAAAACAAAGAGAGACUAAUGUCUGUGCGUGAGAGAAAGGAUAGAGAAAGAGAAGAAAUAAUUAAUGGAAUGUAUGCAGACGAUGACUGUGAAACUGUUUACACCCGCUCCUUCAUUACAAAUACAUUUUUAUCCAGCAAUGCAGGGAAUUCAAAGAAGAAAAAGAGAAGUUCAAAGCUUAGAAACACUGUAGGGGGAAGGUAUGAAGAGGAAUACGUACAAUAUGUAUUAAGUGAGCUAAUUCUAAAAACAGUACACCAACUUUCUCAUAUUCAAAGCAUUAUUUGCAUAUCUCAUAGUUUUAGGAAAAAGUGCAUAGAUAGUGACACUCCUGCACUAAACAACAUUAAACAGCUGCUUAUCACACUUACAGAUGAAAUAUCCGGAUAUAAUAAGCAUCUUCAAAGGUUUUAUGACACCGUGCAAAUCACAAAAGAGGCUGAUUUUAUUUCACAAAACACAGAAGAUGAUGUUCUUUACGAUCCAGACAGACCUAUAAUAGAAGAGCCUAGUACUUCAGAUAUUUUAGCGUAUAUUACUACUAUAAAACAAUAAUCUAAAAUUAAUAAAUAGCAA